CAACCAAAAUAUUGAUCGAGAGAGAGAAAAAAAUGGGAGAGAGCAAACGCACCGAGAAAACGCGCGUUUUGGUAGUGGGAGCGACUGGGUACAUAGGGAAGAGGAUAGUAAGGGCGUGUUUGGCUGAAGGUCACGAGACUUAUGUUUUGCAGCGGCCAGAGAUUGGUCUCGACGUCGAGAAAGUCCAACUCCUUCUCUCUUUCAAGAAACUCGGCGCACGAAUCGUUGAAGGUUCUUUCUCCGACCACCAAAGCCUCGUCUCUGCCGUGAAACUUGUUGACGUCGUUGUCUCCGCCAUGUCCGGCGUUCACUUCCGUAGCCAUAACAUCCUUGUUCAGCUCAAGCUCGUCGAAGCCAUCAAAGAGGCUGGAAACGUCAAGCGGUUUUUACCAUCUGAAUUUGGUAUGGAUCCACCACGUAUGGGACAUGCGCUACCACCAGGAAGAGAAACCUUCGACCAGAAAAUGGAAGUGCGUCAGGCGAUAGAGGCUGCCGGAAUUCCAUACACUUACAUUGUGGGUGCUUGUUUUGCGGCUUACUUCGCCGGAAACUUAUCUCAGAUGGUAACUUUACUUCCUCCCAAAGAAAAAGUUAAUAUUUAUGGUGACGGAAAUGUAAAAGUUGUGUUUGCGGAUGAAGAUGAUAUCGCAAAAUACACGGCAAAGACGUUAAACGAUCCACGAACCUUAAACAAAACCGUGAAUAUCAGACCUCCCGACAACGUUCUCACGCAGAUCGAAUUAGUUCAGAUAUGGGAAAAGCUAACCGGAAAAGAAUUGGAGAAAACAAAUAUUGCUGCAGAAGACUUCCUUGCUAACAUUGAACAAAUGGAGAUUCCACACCAAGCGGGGAUAGGACAUUUUUAUCACAUUUUCUACGAAGGAUGUCUCACUGAUCACGAAGUCGGAGAAGACGAAGAAGCUUCUAGUCUUUAUCCUGACGUCAAGUACAAACGCAUGGAUGAUUACUUAAGAAUGUUCCUUUAAAUAUAUUUGAUAAAAUCAUAUCUAUACCAGAUACUCAUAUCAAAAGUUUGAUGUUUUAUAUUCAUAUAUGUUCUGCUAUACAAAUUGAAAAAUAUAUUCUUCAUGUAAUAAAAAAUAUUAUCUUUA